AUGAACAACACUGAAGCAAUUAACAACACACCAAACAACGUACGUGGUCGCGGACGUGGUCGUGAAAAUGGACGUGGAGGUAUACGCGGAUGUGGCAGACACGCUGGCACCUUUGUGUUUGUUGACCCUACUGUUCAGCACAGUACCACUCCUGUCAACAACAGCAAUGCCCAAGCUGAGAAAAACAACGCUGAUGUCGAAGAUGACAAUGGGCCUUCACGUCCAUACAAAUUAUGGCCUGAGGUUGCUAUUUGUAUCCUUCUUGAGAUCAUGGCAGGCACCUACAAUCACUUGUUGAGAAGAGGAGAUAUUGCCUUGAAACAGUUUAUCUGGGUUCAUUCGGCAGCUCUCUUCAAAGAAAAGAUGGCUGAAUAUGCGACCACCGAUGCAAUCAGGGAAUUCAUAGCAAAUGUCACGCAUCUCAGUAUGCAACGCAAGUUGAAAGACAAGAAAGGCAUAUUUACCGGAGCAGGAGAAACAGGAGUUGGUGGAACUGUCCCAGACGUACCGCACUAUGAAGAAAUUGCCAAGAUCACUCAGGAUAAUCCUAGCAUCCAACUGGACGUAAUUUACGAAAGCGUCAACAUGGAGGAAAAUGGCAUUCGAUCAUAUAGAAGAUCAAACGUCGCUGAUUUAAUGGAUGCCAUUGGAUCGAUGGUCCCAAAACUACAUCAAUUGAUGAUCCGAAAAUCUUUGGCCGAUCGCUACCCCGCUGAAGAUUCUGUUGAUCCUGAAGGAUCUUCAGUACCAUCAUCAUCAACAGCACCUGCACCUGCACCACCAUCAACACCUUCAUCCGCACCACCAACCUCAACACCAGCAACCGAAGCACCAACACCAACACCCACAUCAGCAUCCGCAGUACCACCAGCAUCGACAGGCGCAACACCCCCACCUCGAUAUACAUUCGCACCACCUCCACCUCCAUAUUCAUCCGCAUCACCUCUACCUCCACCUACAUCUGCACCACCUCCACCAAGAUCAACCCACACUUUGAGAAAUAAUCGAACUUCUGGUGAGCAGUCUUCGUCAACUAUUGAUCCCAUCGAGGAUGCUCGUCAGUUGCCAGAGGAGCGUAUGGCACAUGCCCGCCAACUCGGUGUAGAGAUGAUGAAUCGAAUGGCAGCGGUGCAACGGGAAGAAAGGGAGCAAAGAAUUCGGUACCUUGACAGUAUGUUGCAAAGGGUCAGUCGUAAUCGACAAACUGCAUUGGAAGACAUGCAAACAAGAAGACUACAAGAGUCCAGAGAGAGAUAUCGACUGUUAGAAGAAUCAAGAAGUAGACGAGAGGCCGAUUUGGAAGAGGAUAAACGUAAACGUAUCUCUGAUAUGGAAACUAUUAUGAAUAGAUUUGCAGCCAUUCGAAGAGGCGAUAGUGAUAUCAAUCUUGGUUCAUCUUCUACUGACAACAAUAAUUAA